ACUUCAUAUGGAAGAGGAGCGCCAUUCACGCCAAGACUUGUUAACCUUAUUGACAUGGGACCAACUCAUUUGAGACAACUAUGAAGAAAAAUGAAAUAGACAAUCCCCAAUACAGAUAAGAUGAAAGUCAUCUUUAUUCAAUGAAUAUAUGCCUUGCAAAGCAGAUUGAUAACCAAACCUGAUGAUACUGAUCUGAUGCACAUCAACUAUCACUCUGAAAGAUCCCCAUUACUCUUUGUCUGGAUACCAUUACCAUAUCUUCUUUUCGAAGAAAACAAAGGAUUAGCUUAAGCUUAACAUCGUACUCAGCUCAGCUUGAAUCAUAACAAAUGUCGAUCCAAUCGGAUCUAAGCUACAAUCAUUCAAAUAUGUGAUGCAGAAAAGGACAGACUAAUGGCUGCCCCACUAUUGAAUACGUCUGUUGGACCUCUUCUGAUAUUGGGCUCUACUGAUGAUAAUGAUCAAGCUAACAUAUCAAGUCAGUCCAGAUGGGAAAGAAGAGUUCCAGGCGACAAGAUCCAGCAAUCAGGUGUGCCAAAAUCCAUGGUGAACCCUGUGAAGAGAGAGGUCUAUGUCAGCUACUUGGAAAAAUACAAUGGAAAAACCAGCACGGCAGAUGAGCUAUUGUCUGCAUCAGUUUUUCUUAGAAAAGACCAUAUUCCAUAACAGCGGAAACGAUUAGUCAUCACUAACUCAGGGCCCUACAUAUGAAACUCCUUAUAAUGAAGUACAUGAAAACAGCAUUCUUGGUCCCCCCCUCAUGCAGCUGUCUUUUUGUUUUGUAUUACAGAUGCAAUGCAAGAAGGAAAGCUAAAUACGUUUCCCCCAUGUGUGCCAUAACCUCCGUGUAUCAGUUCCAAUCAACGCAACUGAUGACAAUAAUGAGAAUAAAAAAGCAAAUUGAUG